AUGUCAGCACCAGCAUCCCUUCACGCUUCAACGAUAUUUGCCGUUCGCGAAACAGCGGAAUCUGGACGAGGGGUCUACGCGACACAAUUCAUUCCCAAAGGCACACUUCUGUUUGAGACAGCGGAGAUCGCAGCCAGCGUCAUCUAUCGCGAAUACUGGAAGGAAGUCUGCUCGCAAUGCUUUCUAUACGACAGGGGUCGUAAUUGGCGCAUUCGAGAUGCAAAAUCUGGGCUUGCGUUCUGCAGCGAAGAGUGUCAAACAACAUGGAAGAAUGAUGAGAUGAAUAAUGAAGCGGCAUCAACCGCUAUCGAAGGACUAGGCAAGGCAGGACAAUCCAAUACUUCAGAUCCGGACGAAGACCCAGAACACCUUNUGCCUCGACCGACAAUACAAGAGAUAGACGCAGCAUGGGCGAUAGCAGAAGAGACGGCAACCAAGAUCCGCGCCGCACGAACGUCCACGAAACCCUCGAAACCAGAACGCCGCCUUCUGACACAAAUCCUCGCUACACCACCGAUACGCGGUGUAAUAGCCUACCAGCUGCCAGCAACAUUGACAGUCGCAAACUCGUCGUCAUUGUGGUCUGAUGUGCUGAUCCUCGAGUCGGAAGUCAUGCCGUAUAUCUCGCCAGCAGAUCUCAAGUUUCAGAUCACCAGCUAUCACCACCUCUUAGCUUGCGCACCUCUCUCCCUGCUCGAUUACAUCACAGCAUCCAACCUUCGCACGCUCGCAGCAAAAUCAUCACAUAAUGUCUUCAACAUAUGGUCGCAAGAUUUGGACGAGGAUACAAGUGGUGGCAGCGAGUGCCUAGGCUACGGACUCUGGACAGCAGCAAGCUAUUGGAAUCAUAGCUGUGGACCGAAUUUACGAAAGAGACGUGAGGGACGGAUGUGGAAGUUCUGGGCGGACAGAGAUGUGGAGGCGGGCGAGGCGCUGUGCAUCAGUUAUUUGGGAGGUGAUGAGAAGCAUAUGACGAGAAGCGAGAGGAGGGAGAAGCUCAAAGAGCAUUGGAAGUUCGACUGUGCCUGCGCGAGGUGCGAAGAGGAGGCCAAAUAG